AUGCCGCUUUACGAGGGUCUCGGCAGCGGCGGGGAAAAAACCGCCGUGGUGAUCGAUCUGGGUGCGGCCUUCACCAAAUGUGGCUUUGCAGGAGAAACAGGACCUAGAUGUGUCAUACCUAGUGAAGUAAAGAAACCUGGUGUUUCAAAGCCGAUCAGAGUUGUUCAAUAUAACAUUAAUACAGAAGAAUUGUAUUCAUACUUGAAGGAAUUCAUUCACAUGCUUUAUUUCAGGCAUUUGCUGGUAAACCCCCGAGACCGUCGGGUUGUGAUUGUGGAAUCUGUAUUGUGCCCUUCUCAUUUCAGAGAGACGCUCACAAAAGUUCUAUUCAAGUAUUUUGAGGUUCCUUCAGUGUUGUUUGCACCAAGUCAUCUGAUGGCUCUUCUAACACUUGGAAUUAAUUCUGCAAUGGUUUUGGAUUGUGGUUAUACAGAAAGCCUGGUGUUACCUAUUUAUGAAGGAAUUCCUGUACUCAGUUGCUGGGGCGCUCUUCCUUUGGGAGGAAAAGCCAUUCACAAAGAACUAGAGUACCAGUUGCUGGAGCAAAGUACAGUAGAUACAGGAGCUACCAAAGGACAAAGCCUUACCUCAGUGAUGGGUUCUAUUCCAGAAGACAUUGUAGAAGACAUAAAGGUUCGCACUUGUUUUGUGAGUGACCUCCAGCGGGGACUGAAAAUUCAGGCAGCAAAGUUUGAUAUGGAUGAUAGCUCUGAGCGUCCAACUCCACCACCAGAUGUAGACUAUCCACUGGAUGGAGAGAAGAUUUUGCAUAUCAAUGGAUCGAUCAGAGAUUCUGUUGUCGAAGUACUCUUUGUACAGGACAAUGAAGAGAAAUCUGUGGCUACUUUAAUAUUGGACUCUCUUAUGGAGUGCCCAAUAGAUACUAGGAAGCAGCUGGCUGAGAACUUGAUAAUAAUUGGGGGUACAGCUAUGUUACCAGGAUUCCUGCACCGAUUAAUGGCCGAAAUACGGUACCUGGUGGAGAAGCCAAAGUACAAGGAGAUUCUGGCCUCAAAGACCUUCCGAGUACAUGUGCCACCAGCCAAGCCAAAUUGUGUGGCAUGGUUAGGAGGAGCCAUUUUCGGAGCCCUUCAGGACAUUCUUGGCAGUCGUUCAGUAUCAAAGGAAUAUUACAACCAGACAGGACGCAUCCCUGAUUGGUGCUGCCUCAAUAACCCUCCUUUGGAAAUGAUGUUUGAUGUAGGAAAAACACCUCCACCAUUGAUGAAAAGGGCUUUCUCUACAGAGAAAUAACAGUUGUGUUCACACUGUGGCGCUGCCUUCUUCCCUUAUCUGCCUGAAGUUGGACUGUUAUGGAGCUCAGUGGAACACUGGAUAAAUCUGCAAGUUAAAUUCUGGAGUACUGGCCACAAUUUUGGCUGAUUAUGUUCCUUUCUGUCAGUUACAUUGGCUUAGGAUGAUGUCUCAGUGAUGUUUGUUUAUAAUAUAUCCAAGGAACAUCAACAUAAAUGCUCAAGCCUUUACUGUUAUUUAAAGUAUAUACUGUAGAUACCUUUUUUAAAGCUGACUUGCUUGGCAUCUGAUGCUGCACAUACGAGUUCUUCCACCAAGUGUAAUGCUGUAUUUAAUUUGAAAUUUGUUGCCUAUUUAAAUAUGUCUGUAACAGUUUGAGAGUUUUCUUGGGAAUUUAGUGAACAAUCCUGACCUUUGCUUUUGUUAAGGUAAGGAAUGGUAAGUAAGGGCCGUCUUGAUGAUUAUCAACACCCAAUAUAAAUUAGAAUUUGUAGUAUACAACAUUAGGAGAGCCACAAUUCCUAGUAUCCCUCAGUGUUGUCUGGGGCUUCUGGGAAUAAAUGUUCACUGACAU